AUGGGGUGCUGCCCAGGGGACUGCUUCACCUGCUGCCCUCAAGACCAAGACUGCUGUGAAGUGUGCUGCUGCCAGCCUGCCUGCUGCGGCUGCUGUGGUUCCUGCUGCGGCUGCUGUGGUCCCUGCUGCGGCUGCGGGGGCUCUAGCUGCGGAGGCUCUGGCUGCGGAGGCUGCGGGAGUGGCUGCUGCGGGAGUGGCUGCUGUGGCUCCGGCUGCGGCUCCGGCUGCGGGGGCUGUGGGAGCGGCUGCUGUGGGUCCAGCUGCUGCGGCUCGUCAGGGUGCUGCGGUCCUGUCUGCUGCCAGCCUACGCCUGUUUGCGAGACGAAGUGA